AUGAAUGAAAUAAUUCAAGCAACAUCCCAGGACGUUGACCUCCAAAUGGCCAUUAAAUAUGUCAAAUCUGGAAACUGGAAUAACCCAAGCAAAAACAAAAUCAUUGAUACCCUGUCACGCUGCAAAAACGAGCUGUCGGUAGUAAAUCUUCAAAAUGGUGAAAUUCUGCUGCAUGAGUCCAGGAUUGUUAUCCCUAGGCAAUUACAAGAUAAAGUGAUAUCAUUAGCUCAUGAGGGUCAUCAGGGAAUUGUUAAAACCAAACAAUUAUUAAGAGAGAAAGUGUAUUUCCCAGGCAUGGAUCAAUUAGUAGAAGCAAAAUGCAAAAGUUGCAUUCCGUGUCUAGCAGCAACAAAUAAAAAGACUCAAGAACCGCUGCAAAUGAGGGAAAUGCCAAAAUAUGCGUUUCAGGUAGUUAGCUUGGACUUUUGUGGACCAUUUCCAGAUGGAAAGUAUUUACUCGUGCUAAUGGGUGAAUACUCACGUUUCCCGUUCGUUGAAGUACUUAAUUCAAUCACAGGCAACACAGUGAUUCCUGUGCUAGACAAAAUUUUCUCAGAAGCAGGGAUUCCAGAAGUGUUAAAGUCAGACAACGGAAGUCCCAUGAAUUCACACCAGUUCAAAGAUUUUGCUAAGCAUAUGGGUUUCAAACACAAGAAAAUAACUCCGCUGUGGCCGCAGGCAAAUGCUGAAUGUGAACGCUUCAUGAAAACAAUAGGCAAAACAAUCAGAGCUUCCCAUGUCCAUCAUUCUGAUUGGAAAAAAGACAUGUAUGCUUUUCUGAGAAAUUACAGAUCGACACCGCACGGAACGACAUCCGAAACACCCUCUGACCUAUUUUAUGGAAGACCCAUAAACAUUAAAAUUCCAUUCUUACAAAGGCAAAAGAAAUCGAAAAAACACAAAAACGCAAGAGAAAAUGACAGAAAAUCAAAGCAGAAAAUGAAAGACUAUGCUGAUACACGGAGAAACACGAGAAAAACUGAAAUUAAAAUUGGUGACAGUGUGUUGGUAAAACAAGACAAACACAACAAAUUUUCGACCCCAUACGAUCCAAUACCCUAUGAGGUAAUCAAGACAAAAGGGUCAAUGGUAACCGCCGAACGCGAGGACAAACAAAUAACUCGAAACUCUUCAUUCUUUAAACGUGUCGGAACGUCGAAAAAUGAGCCAAACAACGAGAAAACCAACGCCAACCAUGAUACGACCGUAUCAUCCCAAUUCGAGAAGAAAACCAGGCACGAAACCCCAUCACACCAAGGCAACGACUCUGGCGAUGCCGUAUUACCACGAACACAAAGACAGAAAAAAAACCACCGGAUUACUUAA